ACAAAGGGGAGUGACGCAGAUGUUAUAGACGCCCCACAUUUCUAUUAAAUCUACAGGAAUUCAAAUGUCUAAUCUGUAAAUGUCUAAUUUCUUAUUUUACGAGAAUAAAUAGUGAUUUAAAAAAGAGACACACAGACUGCUCUGCUUGUGACAUGCUAACGCCGUUCCUGUUGGAGGUUGCUGCUGUCCACCGUGAAGAUUAGAUGGGAUAGCCAACACGAGAUAUGCCGCAACCCAAAUCACGAAAAAUCGCCAUUCUCGGGUACAGAUCCGUAGGAAAGUCCUCGCUAACGAUUCAGUUUGUGGAAGGCCAGUUUGUCGACUCCUAUGAUCCAACGAUAGAAAACACGUUUACCAAGAUGAUCACGAUAAACGGACAAGAAUACCACCUGCAGUUGGUAGACACAGCGGGACAGGAUGAAUACUCUAUAUUUCCUCAGACCUAUUCCAUAGAUAUCAAUGGAUACAUCUUGGUCUACUCUGUCACGUCUAAUAAAAGUUUUGAAGUAGUUCAGGUUAUCCAUGAAAAACUUCUGGAUAUGGUGGGGAAAGCUCAAGUUCCUAUUAUGUUGGUGGGAAAUAAGAACGACCUGCACAUGGAAAGGGUGAUCAGCUGUGAGGAAGGGAAGUCACUAGCAGAAUCGUGGAACGCUGCCUUCAUGGAAUCCUCAGCUAAAGAGAACCAGACGGCGGUGGAGGUGUUCAAGAGGAUGAUCCUGGAGGCGGAGAAGCUGGAAGGCGGCGUCCAACCAGGGAAGACUUCCUGCUCCUUGAUGUAGAGCUGCUGAUCAAUCAGAACAGAGAACCGAACACUACACUGGGAUAUCCAGAUACUUGAAGGCUUCCUGCCAGUACAACUACUACUCUUCCAACUGUCUUCAACUGUCUUCAACUGUCUUCAACUGUCUUCCAACUGUCUUCAACUGUCUUCAACUGUCUUCAACUGUCUUCCAACUGUCUUCAACUGUCUUCCAACUGUCUUCCAACUGUCUUCAACUGUCUUCAACUGUCUUCAACUGUCUUCAACUGUCUUCAACUGUCUUCAACUGUCUUCAACUGUCUUCAACUGUCAACUCACCAACAGUUUAUUUUUUCAGUAUUUCUGUUUGUCAUGAAAGGGUGAGUGGCUGUCAUACUGUACAUUUCCCACAAUCCACUUCUCGUCUGUUCUGUGCUCAGCCCUGAUGCGAAACUGAGAGCCACGUCCAGAAAUAACCCCUAGACCCUCCACCCUUACACCCCCCCCCCCCCCCCUUAGUCACUUCUCUUAGCCCCUAGCAGACAAGGGGUGGGGUUUAGGGUCUGUUUCUGUAACCUUGUUUGACCAUCCCGAUCUUGCAAAAGUACAGCGGUCAGGAUGGUGUAUCAGACUACUGUUUCUCAUAAAGACGUAUCAGAAACUAUGUCUGGCUUCUCACAUGGGGCUGCACAGGUGUCCGUUCUGGCUUUAUGGCGGACGGGUGACUAUGGAAGAAUCAGAGAUGUUCAACCUCCUCGUAUUAGAGAUGCUAUGAAGAACGAACAUUCCCUUCUAUUGAAUUGUGUUUUUUAAAAUGUUUUUUAUUUAAACAAUUGAUUGUUUUAUCUUCUUUUCUCUGUCCAUGUAAUUAGUCCGCUGUGUCACCAGGAUGGAGCUAGCAUGCCAUGGUUGUUUUUACCCAUACUAAGCUGUUCAUUUUAGUGUAUUGUUUCAAAGGGAAACAAACACUCAUUAGGAUCAGGUGUGGUUAAUUAGUGGGCGUGGCCAACACACCUGACCACGCUUAAAAAAAUACAGCAUAGAGAGUUGUCUUGAUGCAGAGAACGGUUUUUAAAUCACUUUAGUAACGUUGAGAGAAUGUUUUCUGUGGUUUUUAUGGAACUUUUGGAACAAUUUGAAAACAUGACUUUAAAUAAAACCACGAGGAAACCUGUAGGAAACGUCAUGCUGUAGUACUGAAAUUCCCACAGAAGAACUUUUCUUAACGUUCACUGAACUAUUUUAAAAUGUUAAACCAGUUGUAGAACGUUUCUAGAACAUUACCAAAAUUGAAAUUAAAUGUAACCAUGUUUGACAUUUUAGGAAACGUUCUGUUAAAGUAAUGAAAUACCGAGAAAAUAUCAUUUUCGAAAGUUACAUAAUUGUGCUGAGAAUGUUCCAAAGCCAAUCAACUACCCUGCACCGUUCCCAGAACGUUGUGAGAAGGUUGUAUGCAAAAUAACCAUAGGACAACCGCACUCUCACCAAGCACUAAGAAACGUUCUCAGAACGUCGUGUGCUUGCUGGGCUCUGUCAUUGUUGUCAUUGUCAAUCCGUACAUCACUAAAACUUUUUUAUAGGAAAUCUUCCAAUAAACUUCAGGGAGAAUCCUAACUUCCUUAAGUCAAAUAUUCAGCUCGUCUCCCAUUGACAUCAACGCAUGAAUAAGUGAACAUUUCAUUUAUGUGUAAGUUAAGAUUUGUUCUUUAGUCAUAUCUGAUGCAUUAGUAGCUGUUCAUCUGUCCCUCUAGCUCUUUCUUUAUCUACUUUAUUUUCCCACAUCGUUGUCAGUCAGAUGUGUCUCCCCCCCACCCCCCACCCCAUAGCUGUUUUUGUCACCAGACAAAAUAUCUGCAUCGUAUUUUCUAACGUUGUACAAAAGUGUUUUUUGAUUGUAAUCAUUAAAUGAAAAAUGGAUUAUUUCA